UUUAAGUUGAAUAGUCCUACUGGAUUGAUCGUAAAGAUGGUUCAACAUCGCUUGAUUUUCGUUUUAUUACUUAUUGCAAUAGAACAUUUUAUUUCCUCGACAUCUUCAGAGGUGCCUUCUGAUGCUGAAAGCGUGAAAUAUGCCAACAGGGAGCUGCUUCAGAAGCAAAAAUUCUGUUUGGAAAUUUUACGACACCCUUAUCAGUCGGAAGUAAUUCCUGAAGAAUACCUAGCCUAUACUAAAGAAUGGAUCAGUGAUGAAAGCAAGUACUUGAAAUAUGAUGAAGUAAAGCAGUUCUUUGCAGUCUUCAAAGGGGAACACCUAGGAAAGGGUGAAAUUUUUACCAUUUUCAAUGAAAAUUUGCUCGAGCAAGCCAAAUUGCUGUUCAGAUUUUUCUAUAAUGCGAUCAACUGGGACACGUUCUUCCGCAAUGUAAUCUGGGCUCGUGCAAACGUUAACGAGGGUAUGUUCAUCUAUGCGCUAACCUUAGCGGUUAUCCAUCGGCAGGAUUUACACGGAAUAAAUCUGCCAGUUAUUUACGAAUUGAGUCCCCACUUCUUCUUCGACGCCGGUGUGAUGAAUUACGCUCGAGUACGAACUAUGGAAGAUCCAGAUUAUGGCUUUCAUCCUACGCUUAGAGAGUAUAUUACCGUUAACAAAUCAGCACUAUCUACCGGUUACAACACGGAAGGGCAGCUGGCGUAUUUCACCGAGGACAUUGGCUUGAAUGCGUAUUACUACUAUUACAAGCUAGAAUAUGCAGCAUUUCUCGGUGGAGAUGGCCUCGGAUUGAAUAGAGAUCGACGAGGAGAGUUGUUUUUAUACAUGCAUCAACAACUUCUAGCACGAUACUAUCUCGAGAGACAAUCGAAUGGCUUAGGGCCAAUUGCUGAACUGGCAUGGGAACCACUAAUUCCUACAGGAUACUAUUCGAUGUUGCGUCACUGGAAUGGUAUCACUUUCAAGAAACGUGUUAACAACUUAGGACUAGCUGUUGGGGAUGUUCGGAAGUUACAGAAAUUGAAGGAUCUUGAAUCGUCUCUGAAACAAACCAUCGAUCAAGGACACCUGGUACUUGCGAACGGGACAACGAUUGAUCUCCGCUCUUUUGAUUCAGUGGAUUUUCUAGGAAACAUGAUUGAAUCUAACGCCGAUAGUGUCAAUUCAUCAAACUUUUCGGAGUCUUUGGAAGUUCUGGGCCGUUUGAUUGUAGAACAAACCAGUUAUAACGACUCAGUGGGAUCUCUGUGGAAUGGAGCUUUAGCUUUCACCGAAACAACAAUGCGUGAUCCAGUAUUCUACCAAAUGCUCGAACUAAAUUUAGGCGUCUAUUGGCAGUUCAAGAAUCAACUCAAACCAUACACACAACAAGAACUGAAUUUCCCUGGCGUCCAAAUAAAAAGUUUCAGAAUUGAAAAAUUAACUACAUAUUUCGAGAAUUUCGAUAUAGAUAUAAGCAACGGUUUACCAUUCGCGAAUUCGGAGAACAGAACAACAUGGGACUUCAAAGUCUUUGCCCGACAGCAGCGAUUGAAUCACAAACCGUUCAAUUACACUUUGAGCGUAGCAUCCAAUUACACCGGGAAAGCAAUAGUGCGUAUGUACAUGGGCCCAGCCAUUUCAGGAUUCGAAAACUUGCCGUCGGUGAAAAAAUAUUUCGUUGAAAUGGAUCAAUACAUGAUCAAUCUGAUUCCCGGUGAAAAUCUCAUUGAGCGCAACACAAGUGACUUCUAUUUCGACAUAGCAGAUCGAACCAUAUACUCCGAGCUGUACCAAAGAACUCUUGAUGCAUUAGACGGCAGGAAACCCUUUGCCCUGGACAUGGCUGAAGCAAUCUGUGGAUGGCCAGAUCGAUUGUUGCUACCACGGGGGCUUCCUGAUGGUUUUGACAUUUCUCUGUUCUUUAUAGUUAGUCCUUAUCGGCCACCGAAAGUACCACAGUUUUCUACGUUCGAUGCUUUUAAAAGUUGCGGUGCCGGCUCCGGAUCAAAAUAUACAGAAGAUUCACCCUUCGGUUUUCCACUUGACCGGAAGCUUGAUAUGGACAGUUUUUUGGUACAGAACAUGCUAUUACAAAAUGUAACAAUUUAUCAUUUAGACAGUUCACCGAAUGAGCAAAUUUGAAUUUCAAAUUUUUAGUUGAAUUAUUAGU